AUGAGUACUCCACAACGCCUUCGUGUCGCCAUCAUUGGCGGCGGUAUUGCCGGAACAAUGGCAGCUUGUGUUCUUCGCGAGCACCACGAUGUCACCAUAUUUGAACGUGGUAGUGAGAAUGCCAUUGGAGGAGGACAAGCCAUUUCUCUCAGUCCUGGCUCUGUCAAAAUUUUGAACCAAUUCGGCUUCGAUGAGGACCGCGCGGGAGCGGUUUCAGGGCGUGGCUUCAAAGUGUAUCAUCAGAAUGGAACACUGAAAAAAGUCAUCCCCAUCGAUGUAGCCGAAAGAUUUGGUGCGGAGUGGCUGAUGACACUUCGCUCAGACGCCCGCGAUGAGAUACUGCGUAUUGCUACUGCGGAUUCAGCGGAAGUAGGAAGGACAGGAAUACCACCUCGCGUCGUCUACAACGUCAAAGUGGUUGGUAUUGAUGUCGACUCUGGCGUGGUCACCUUCGCAGAUGGUUCGUCUGUCGAAGUGGAUUUGAUUAUCGUCGCUGAUGGAAUCCGUUCUAAAUUUCGCGAACAAAUCGUCGGCAAUUCCGACAGUCACGUGAAAUCAGCUGGGAAAUCUAUCUUUCGCUUCGUUUUGUCAGCGGAGCAGGCCAAGGAGGUCACUGGCACCUUACACGAGUGGUGGGACCCCAGCAAAGGAGGAUUUUCCCACAUGAUUCCUGCAGAAGACGAAACGAACCGUAUCCUGAUCGCAUACCCAGCCAAGAAAUUUGGAUAUGUGAACUUCAGCUACAUUUGCCCCAAUUCCUAUGUCAAGGAGACGGGAGAAGAGUCGUGGUUCACAGACGGAGACCGGGAUGAGUUACUUGAAGUUUUCAAGGACUUCCCCGAGAAUAUGUUGCAAUUCAUUCGGCGUGCAGAAGAAGUGAAGAUUUGGAGUCUUCGAGAUCAUGAUCCUCUUCCUUCCUAUGUCCGCGGCCGAGCUGUCUUGGUGGGCGACUCUGCCCAUGCAAUGACGCCCUUGCAAGGACAGGGAGCAAACCAAGCCAUUGAGGAUGCAGAGGGCUUCCGACUGUUUACACAAUACAAUGUAACCAGGGAAGCUGUACCUGCCUUGUUGAAGACAUGGGACGGCGUUCGUCGUCCUCGGGCUACUCAGGUCCAACUCAACACGCGCUCCGCGGGCACUGCCAUGAACGAAACAAACGGGCUGAAGAACAUGGCUUACAACUGGACAUAUGAUGGUAUCCUGAAUGCCCUUUAG